GGGGGGGCGGCUCUGAGGGAAGAUGAAGGCGGCGGCCAUGUUUGGAGCUUCUGGGCGCUUUUGGUGCGGGGUGUGCUGAGGGAGUCUGCGCAGGGAGAGCCGUCGUUGGGGGAUCGGCGGAAGGUCGGGCUCGGAGCGGGAGGAGUAGAGCGCCUACUACGACUCUGAGCCGGGCUUGUUUAGUUGCUUGCGCCCGGCUUCAGGAGCGCUCGGCAGGGGAGGAGAGGGGGUGUCCCUGACCGAGGAGCCAGCACCAUGAGCGGGGGGACGCCCUACAUCGGGAGCAAGAUCAGCCUUAUCUCCAAGGCCGAGAUCCGCUAUGAAGGGAUCUUGUACACCAUCGACACCGAAAACUCCACUGUGGCGCUGGCCAAGGUUCGCUCCUUUGGUACAGAAGAUAGACCAACUGAUAGACCUAUACCACCUCGUGAUGAAGUUUUUGAGUAUAUUAUAUUCCGUGGCAGUGACAUUAAAGACCUAACUGUCUGUGAGCCACCAAAGCCUCAGUGUUCUUUGCCACAGGACCCUGCUAUUGUUCAGUCUUCACUAGGAUCUUCGACAUCAUCUUCAUUCCAGUCUGUGGGGUCCUAUGGUCCUUUCGGCAGAAUGCCUGCCUACAGUCAGUUUAGUCCAAGCCCACUGGUGGGGCAGCAGUUUGGCGCUGUUGGAGUUGGAGGAGGUUCUUUAACAUCUUUUGGAACAGACUCUUCAGCCAGUGCUAGUAUGUCCCAAAGCACUGCAGUUGGUUCUGCGUUUACAACAGAUGCAAGAUCACUAAAAACACAGAUGUCUCAAGGUCGUUCAAGCCCUCAGAUAGAUCAUUUGAGAAGGAGCCCCACCAUGGAACAAGCAGUACAAACAGCUUCAGCCCACUUGCCUACUCCAGCACCAGUUGGGAGGAGGAGUCCUGUACCAGCCAGACCUUUGGUGUCUGCUAGCCAAAAAUCAUUAGAGAAUCCAGAGCACAGACGAGCUGAAGCACACAAGGUUUCAAGAUCAGAAAAUGAACUCAGAAAUGAAAACAAACGACAAAUUGUUCCAGGUGGACCUUCAGCACGGAGAGGCCGUGGAGGUCACAGAGGGGGCCGAGGAAGAUUUGGUAUUAGGAGGGAUGGUCCAAUGAAGUUUGAGAAGGACUUUGACUUUGAAAGUGCAAAUGCACAAUUCAACAAGGAGGAAAUUGAUAGAGAAUUUCAUAAUAAACUUAAACUAAAAGAAGAUAAACUUGAGAAACCAGAGAAGCCUGUAAAUGGAGAAGACAAAGGUGACUCAGGUGUUGAUACCCAAAAUAGCGAAGGGAAUGCGGAUGAGGAAGAUCCACUUGGACCCAACUGCUACUAUGACAAAACCAAAUCCUUCUUUGAUAAUAUCUCCUGUGAUGACAAUAGAGAACGGCGACCCACCUGGGCUGAGGAAAGAAGAUUAAAUGCCGAGACCUUUGGAAUACCACUGCGUCCCAAUCGCGGCCGUGGAGGGUACAGAGGCAGAGGAGGGAUUGGCUUCCGAGGUGGAAGAGGGCGAGGAGGUGGAAGAGGUGGCUUCACUGCCCCCCGAGGAUUUCGUGGUGGAUUCAGAGGAGGUCGUGGAGGCAGGGAGUUUGCUGACUUUGAAUAUAGGAAAGACAACAAAGUUGCUGCAUAGUCUACAAGAAAGCUGAAACCAGGUGAACGUCUAGAUCUUCUUGAUCCAGAGAAUUAGUUUCAAUCUCUGCAAAGAAUGAAGUUAAUUUGCUGUAUACUUGUCACCAGCACUGGGAUUUAACUAUUUAAUUUCAAAGGGGUGUAAUGCAGUUACUUUUGAAAAAUGGCCAUCUUUGAAAACAGUGAGCAUUAAAUAUAUUUGAGACAGAAGGAUAAGUAAUUUCUUAUGUAUAGUUAAUUAUAAAGCAGUACUUCGAUGGAGUUUAAGUAUUUUUUCAUCACUGAAAGGAUUUUUCUUAUUACUAAACUGUAUUUGAUAAUUGCUUCAAGUUGUAAGGACAAUUGUAUGCAGAAGGCCGUCGAUACUGUGAGUGUUUUGAUCCACUGAAGGUUGUUUUUUGGAAAUCCUGUAAUAUCCCUUUUGAGAUAGUUGUACUUUUAUCAACUAGGGUGCUGGACAGUAGAAAACUUGCUUUGUCAGUCAAAUAUGUACACACAGUAAAUACUGUUUCUUAGGCAAAGGAAACUUUUUAUAUAGUUGUAAAAUUCCAUUAUAUCCCAUUGCCAAAGAAACAUUACAAACUUUGUAUAGCUGUAUAAAAAGCAACUAAUUUUUUAAAGAAUAAACAUUUUUAAGUCGGCAAA